UUUUUUUUUGUCGUUUGGGGGGUUCGCUGCCUGUGUGUGUGUGUGUCUUGUGUGCACUGUUUGGUGUUACCUGCCCGAAUUUGCCCUACCGACGGGUGCCAAGUAUGUGUGGGUGUAUGUGUACGUGCGCAUAAGUCGUCAGGAGAAUCAGCAGCAAGUGCAAACAGUGCCGGAUUUAGCAAAUCCAAGUAAUGAAGUGUCAUCGGCUACCAGUGCUAGUGCGAACGCAACCGACAGUACAAGUGUGGGCUCGAUAAAUAUCACAACAGACGGUAAAACAUCAUCCGCUGCGAAUGCUGCGCAGGUAAAUGCAGCUAAUCAACCCGGUUCAUCGAAGCAGAAGGCACAGCCGCGUAAGAAAGCAGCAGCAACACCAGCAGCAGCACCAGCAGCUAAGAAAGAAGUGAAACUCCAGAAGCAAAAGGCGGUAAAACAAGUAACGAUGCCUACCAAUACCGUACCGCCAAACAAUGCGGUAGAACGAGCGAAUCAAGCGAUGACACAGCAGCAACAGCAACAGCAGCUGCUGCAGCAACAGCAUCGGAUGCUGAUGGAGUACCCACCGCGCCAGUAUCAUUCAGCGCAACCGCAUCCAGAUCCAGCGGCUGGGCUGCAGUUUAUUUAUCAACGAGCGCAUGAAGGGCAAAUGCAGCAACCAUUCCAAUCAUCGCAUCGCUCACCGUUGACGAACGUGCACGGUUUAUAUGAUGGAUAUGUUUGGCGAGUACAGCAUGAUGCGCCACCGCAACAUCAGUCACAGCGGUCACCGCAACAACCGUAUCAACAAACUGAGCAGCAGCAGCAGCAGCAGCAGCAACAAGAGCAAGCCCGUUCUCUGCUGAUGCAGGUACCGUCCCCACGGCAUCAGAUGCAGCCGUUACCGCUCUACACGGCACGUCAGCACCCGUACGAGCAUCAUUCACCGUCACCGUGCCACAUGUGUCUUGGCACCAAUCAUGUGCGUGACGGUAACAUGAUUGCCCCUUGUCCGCAUCUGCAACCAUCGAUUGCUAUGGGCACCCAAUACACUUUGUACCAGAUCCAUGGAAUUCCGACAGUCGUGCCUAGAGCUGCUGCACCACCACCCCCGCAGGAGGAACAGGAUCCGCUUCAGAUUGAGCCACCCCAUCAACCCAUCAGAACGUCCUAUUCUAGCUCAAUGUUGGACAUUGGUAGAAGCGACGGUGCAAGAUCCCAGCCAAUAAUAGUGGGCCGUCCACCGUUGACGGGCGGCAGCGUAACAGUACGGAGCCCGAUCGAGCUGAACCGUCGGGCCCAUGGUUUAUCAAUGUCCUCCUCGAGUCCAGCGUUGGGACCGUCGGCAUUACACCAUACCACCAGCCCACUGGCACGGUCAAACCAGCCAGACGUACAACGGUCCGCUUCCAAUUUGAGCGAAUUCUGGGCCGAUGCAACGAUGAAUCGCACAUCGGACCAUCCGCCCCGUACGUGGGAUUACGAACGCAUCAUGGCACCGAUGCCGCCAGCCCGGCGUGAAAUAAGUGGCCGAAUCUCUGCACCAGCACCGGGUAGCAUCCUCGUACCGGCUGGCGCAUACCGACCGGCGGCACCAUGGGAAAGGCAGCAGCGAAGCAACCCAUCGUCAACGGUGACCAGCCUAACAUACUCGCUGGUUCCAGUGCCACCCCUAUGCAUACGUCCGACCUCGGGUGGAAUGUUCCAUUAUGCGAACCCCGCACCGAACGCGUGUGGACGUACGGUUGAGCAAAGCAACCGUAACAACAUGAAUCUUGGUACGGCAGCUCCUGCUGCUCCUGCUGCUGCUGCAUCCCCCGCUGCCGGCCAGAACAAUCCACGCACCCAGCCAAUGUUCACGAUUCCACUGCAACAGGAUAACGCGGUAGUGACGGUAUCCUUGAUUUCGCCAACGGAAGAGUCACAGCAAUCGGGCGGUGCGACAUCAGUACCAACAACAACGGCAGCCACUGCUACGAACGCAGCAUCACAACAGCCACCGGCCAGUGCAACAAAAACCAAUGCCGAUGCUGCCGAACCGGAACGUGACGGAGCGGCUCAGUCAGCGCCACAGGCAGCCGUACAGGCGGAGGAAUCGGUACAGGAACUGUUGCGCGAUAAUCUGUGGUCACCGGAGCUGACUGCUGCACUGGAUCGUGAGAUUGCGGCUGUCUGUAAGGAAACGGAAACAGCAGCAGCCUCAUCUUCGGGACAGCAAAAGCAGACAUCAUCAGUAGGAACGGCGGCGCCACGCAAGCCACUAGAGUAUAGUACGUAUGGUGCGGUGGAAAUACCAGCAGCACAUCGACAACCACCAAUACCGUACGCCGCAACCGAAUCUACUGCAUCGAACGAACGACACUAUCAUGUCGGUGAGCAACAACACUAUGUAAAUGAACCUGCUGCACCUAACCCAGCAAUCUAUCGCUGUGCAGAGCAACACCUGCACGCAACUGGAUCUGCUAUACCGAACGUUAGAACUGUGUUCCAAGGCAGCGCUUAUACUGGUCCCGAACAACACCAGCAAAUGACUGGAUCAGCUGCAUCAAACGAUAGAAUAUAUCGUAAUACUGGAUCAGCGGUAUCGAACGUUAGAUCGGCAACCCAGAGCAGCAGUUUUACUGGUCCAGACCAACUCCCGUAUCCAACUGUACCUCCUGCAGCACACCAAGCAUCCUACCACAGUGCAGAGCAAUAUCAGCACAUGACUGGAUCAGCUGCAUCAAACGAUAGAAUAUAUCGUAAUACUGGAUCAGCGGUAUCGAACGUUAGAUCGGCGUCCCAGAGCAGCAGUUAUACUGGUCCAGACCAACUCCCGUAUCUAGCUGUACCUCCUGCAGCACACCAACCAUUCUAUCACAGUGCAGAGCAACGCCAGCACACAGCUGGAUCAGCUGUACCGAACGUUAAAUCGGUGUCCCAAGUCGGCUCUUAUACUGGUCCAGAACAACGCCAGCACAUGACUGGAUCAGCUGCAUCGAACGAUAGAAUAUAUCGUGAUACUGGAUUAGCUGUAUCGAAUGUUGCAUCGUUGGCCCAGAGCAGUAGUUAUACUGGUCCAGAGCAACUCCCGUACCCAACCCAACACCUGCAGGCAAUUGUAUCUGCUGCACUGAACGAUAGAUCGGUGACCCAGAGCAACACCAAUACUGGUCCAGAGCAACGCCACAAUCCAACAAUACCUGCUGCAUCACACCCAGCAUUCUAUCACAGUGCAGAGCAACGCCUGCACACAACUGAACCUGCUGUACCGAAGGAUAGAUCGGUGGCCCAGAGCAACACUGAUACUGGCCCUGAGCAACGCCAGCACCCAGCUAUACCUGAUCCAUUAAACGAAGCAAUCUAUCACACUACAGAGCAACACCUGCAGGCAAUUGUAUCCGCUGCACUGAACGGUAGAUCGGUGACCCACAGCAACACCAAUACUGGUCCAGAGCAACGCCAACACAUGACUGGAUCAGCUGCAUCGAACGAUAGAAUAUAUCGUGAUACUGGAUUAGCUGUAUCGAAUGUUACAUCGUUGGCCCAGAGCAGCAGUUUUACUGGUCCAGACCAACUCCCGUACCCAACUGUACCUGCUGCAUCACACGCAGCAAUAUAUCACGGUGUAGAGCAACACCUGCAGGCAAUUGUAUCUGCUGCACUGAACGAUAGAUCGGUGACCCAGAGCAACACCAAUACUGGUCCAGAGCAACGCCAGCACAUGACUGGAUCAGCUGCAUCGGACAAUAGAAUGUAUCGUGAUACUGGAUCAGCUGCAUCGGACGAUAGCUCGGUGUCCCACAUCAGCAAUUAUACUGGUCCAGACCAACUCCCGUACCUAACUGUACCUGCUGCAUCAAACCCAGCAAUGUAUAGCAGUGCAGAGCAAUAUCAGCACACAAUUGGAUCUGAUGUAUCGAACGAUAGAUCGGUGUCCCAAGGCAGCAGUUAUACUGAUCCAGAGCAAUGCCAGCACAUGACUGGAUCAGCUUCAUCGGACGAUAGACUAUAUCGUGAUACUGGAUCAGCUGUAUCGGACGAUAGCUCGGUGUGCCACAUCAGCAAUUAUACUAGUCCAGACCGACUCCCGUACCUAACUGUACCUGCUUCACCAAACCCAGCAAUGUAUCACAGUGUAGAGCAAUAUCAGCACACAACUGGAUCUGCUGCACGGAACGUUAGAUCGGUGGCCCAAGGCAGCGCUUAUGCUGGUCCAGAACAACACCAGCACAUGACUAGAUCAGCUGCAUCGGGCAAUAGAACAUAUCGUGAUACUGGAUCUACUGUACCUAACGAUAGAUCGGUGUCCCAGAGCAGCAGUUACACGGGUCCAGAGCAACUCCCGUACCCAACUGUACCUCCUGCAGCACACCAACCAUUCUAUCACAGUGCAGAGCAACACCAGCAUACAGCUGGAUCAGCUGUACCGAACGUUAAAUCGGUGUCCCAAGGCAGCUCUUAUACUGGUCCAGAACAACACCAGCACAUGACUAGAUCAGCUGCAUCGGACAAUAGGACAUAUCGUGAUACUGGAUCUACUGUACUUAACGAUAGAUCGGCGUCCCAGAGCAGCAGUUACACGGGUCCAGAGCAACUCCCGUACCCAACUGUACCUCCUGCAGCACACCAACCAUUCUAUCACAGUGCAGAGCAACGCCAGCACACAGCUGGAUCAACUGUACCGAACGUUAAAUCGGUGUCCCAAGGCAGCUCUUAUACUGGUCCAGAACAACACCAGCACAUGACUAGAUCAGCUGCAUCGGACAAUAGGACAUAUCGUGAUACUGGAUCUACUGUACCGAACGAUAGAUCGGUGUCCCAGAGCAGCAGUUACACGGGUCCAGACCAACUCCCGUACCCAACUGUACCUCCUGCAGCACACCAACCAUUCUAUCACAGUGCAGAGCAACGCCAGCAUACAGCUGGAUCAGCUGUACCGAACGUUAAAUCGGUGUCCCAAGGCAGCUCUUAUACUGGUCCAGAACAACACCAGCAAAUGACUGGAUCUGCUAUACCGAACGUUAGAACUGUGUCCCAAGGCAGCGCUUAUACUGGUCCAGAACAACACCAGCAAAUGACUGGAUCAGCUGCAUCGAACGAUCGAAUGUAUUGUGGUGAAGAGCAACAUCAGCACGCAUCAAUCACCGAUACUGGCCCGGCUCGAUCGCACAGCUUUGCCGCCAGUGCAUCGUCAUCGGUCGGAUCGAAUGUACCGCCGUCCCGUCUCCAGUUAACUCAAUCGGCGACUCACAUCACGUAUACUACACAACCACAGCAGCCAGCAAAUACUGCUUAUAAUGCGAGCUUCUGGGACAGUUUCUAUCGUUCACCCGGUCAACCAGAAGACCCAGCAAGAAUUAACAAUCUGCUGUUGGCAUUGGAUGUUAUCAAUCGAGCACGCGACGGUAUCGAGAACGACUCGGACGAUGAGGACAACGAUCCUCGAUACGUUAACAACGAAGGGGACGCAGAGAGACUGGUUGAGGAAGAAGUGGACGAGGAGGAUGAAGAGCAGGUGGCGGAUGAAGAGUAUGAGGGAGUGUUGGAGGAGUGUGAAUAUGAAGAGGAUCAUGAGGAAGUUGAGGAGGUUGAGGAGGUUGAGGAGGUGGUGGAGGUGAAGGAUGAAGUGGUGUCGGUGAAGCAGGAAGUUGACUCGGACGAUGACGUUGUUGAAGUUGUAAAGGAGGAGCCUACCAUCAUCGCGGAAGUCCCGGACGGAUACUAUCAAGAAUGUACGGUAGGAUCAUUGGUAGCAUCAAACACCUACGCUGAACCGGGUACGUCAGGUUCGACGGUAAAACGUAAAGGUUCAUAUCUAAACAUAAACCUAUGUCGGGAUCCUCGAGAACCAGUACAUCCGACUGAGGACACCAGAGUCUUGACUGGGGUCGACAACGAUGCGAACGUCAGUGAGCAGGAGCAGCGUGAGCAAACAUUGUGCCCACCGAGUCAACCAAUGGCAGGCACCGAACUACUGUACCGUCCGUAUGAGCUGUACGGGCCAUCGUACCUUCAGGGAGUCAACAAGCAGUCGUUCAGUGAUGACAGCACCAGCGGUAGCAGCAGCAGUAGUAGCAGCAGCAGCAACAGCAAUACCGCCAACAUCGCAUCAGGCAACAACCAUCCGAUCAAGCAGGAGCCGGACAGCGAGUCGCCCGAGGAGCAAUGUUCACCGAACGAUAUCGAGAAGCAACCGAGCAUUCGCGAUGAUGCUGAUGGUCAUCUAAUUUACCGCACCGGCGAUGUACUGCUCAACAGAUAUGAAAUCCUUUCUACACUGGGAGAAGGUACCUUUGGGCGCGUGGUCAAGGCCCGUGAUAUAGAACGUAAUCAUAUAAUGGCGAUUAAGAUAAUCAAGAACGUGGACAAAUAUCGUGAUGCGGCAGAGAUGGAAAUUGGGGCGCUGGACAAAAUUAAGCAACUAGAUCCCGAUCUUGACCACUUGUGCGUGAAGAUGCUGGACUGGUUUGACUAUCAUGGGCAUACGUGUAUCGGUUUCGAAAUGCUUGGAUUAAGUGUUUUCGACUUUCUGAAGGAGAACAACUACUCACCGUAUCCGAUUGAUCAGGUGCGGCAUAUUUCUUACCAGCUGUGCUAUGCCGUCCGGUUUUUGCAUGAUAGUCGCCUAACGCAUACGGAUUUGAAGCCGGAAAACAUACUGUUUGUGGACUCGGAGUACAGCACAACCAGCUCACGCAUCUUCCCGGUGGAUAGGCCAUCGCAGUCGGCGCGCCGUAUCAAGUGUACGGAUAUACGGCUGAUCGAUUUUGGCAGUGCAACGUUUGACGACGAACACCAUAGUACGAUCGUUUCCACCCGCCAUUAUCGUGCGCCGGAAGUAAUACUCGAGCUCGGCUGGACACAUCCGUGUGAUGUUUGGUCGAUUGGUUGUAUAAUGUUUGAGUUGUAUCACGGAGUAACAUUGUUCCCUACGCACGACAACCGCGAACAUCUGGCAAUGAUGGAACGCAUCCUUGGUACCAUCCCUUACCGCAUGGCAAGGCAAACUAGAACACGAUACUUCCACUACGGCAAGCUAGACUGGGACGAGAAGUCUACCAAUGGGCGGUACGUGAAUGGCAGCUGCAAACCGCUCCAUCGGUAUGUGCAUUCGGACAAACCCGAACACCUGCAGCUGUUCGAUCUGAUACGGAAGAUGCUAGAAUACGAACCCACCAAACGUAUAACAUUGGAUAAGGCCCUGCGACAUCCAUUCUUCGCGAAGCUUCCUGCAGACAAGCGGCUGCAUGAGCAAUAUAUUGUAAAAGCGACCGAUCCACGGCGCCCCGAACCGGGAAGCAAACCGCGUAACCCCUUGCCACUGUCACUGUUGCCGAUAAUGGCACGCUGGCAGAAGGGUACCAUUGGUUUUAAAGCUUAAGAAUGCAACACACACGCGCACAGACAGACACAAACAACGGAACGGGGAUGGCAAAAAUGGUGGGGGAAGGAAGCAAACAGUGUGUACGCGUACACUCGUCUAGAUGGUGGAAGGAAAAGAUACACAAGACACACACCGGUUGAGCAAUGGGAAGGAAAUAUGGAACACGAAUGGAGCGCUGCAACACGAUGCGGUAUUACACAAACUGGAAGUGAAGAAUGUAACAACACUGGACAGCGUAACUAAAGGUUGUGAACAUUAAUCUACACAAGGGUCUACGUCACACAGAGCCGUUACAUUUAAACUACAUUGUGAUCGCUUAUUCAAGUAGACACAUUCAUUGUUCCGUUAUGCGUCGAUCGAUAUGGAAUGGAUACACA